AUGAAGACUGGUGUAGAGAUGAUGUUGCCUUACCAGCAUAAGUGUUCAGCCAUGAGUGGCUUGAAUAAAGCUUCCGCACAAGCAGAGCACAAGCUCAACAAAACAGAGCAAAAAUCUGCAAGGAAAGGUUUUCAAGAGGCGCAACACAUGGUUGAUGGGUUAGAACCAAUAGCCUUAGCUCCAAGAAUCCAAGGCGGUAGCACUUGUGGAGAAGAGACUAAGGAAAAUGUUGAAUCAGCUCACCAACAUGGAGACUGGUGUCCAUGGAAGCGCAUCACAUGUUGGGGGUUAGAGCCAAUAGCCUAA